GUUAGUGGAUAUGGCUUAUUGCACAGAGAUCUGUCGGAGAAGGAACGCGCGGACCAGGACCAUCUGAUGCGGAUACUGCAACGACAUAAGCUCACGGCGUUGAACACGUGGAGCAGAAAGUCCAACGCUGCCACAUAUGUUCAUGCAAAGGGAGGUAGCCAGAUCGACUUCGUGUGCUCACGCAAAUCAGUUGCGGACGGAGAGGCAAAGCGGGCGAGGCCGGUGGACACAUACAUGGCCGGCUGGAGGGUUACAGGGCACAAGCCGGUAAUAGCCUCCAUUCCCCAUCGCUGGACUCCGUGGAAGCAGCCAAAGCGGCAGGACAACAAUGUUUUGAAGGAUUUAGGCGACAACGCGCCACUGCUACGGUACUGUCAAGAAAACCAGCCUUGUAAUGUCACGCAGCUGAGGGAGGCCGUACAAAGAGCUGGUGGCAUAGCACCGAUGAAGGCCAAGAAGCCGGAGCUCGCUCCAGUGGACGACUCGAUCAGCGGAUGCUGGAAACUGCGUCGCAAACUCCACAUUGCUCAGACGGCGCAUAGAAAUCUCAAGAAAGCGCUACGUGCUCGCAAGCGGCAGCGCACCCUGGAACUGCUGUCGCAAGCCGAGAAGGCAGCCAGUAAGAAUGAUGUCAGGGGAUUGUAUGGCAUCGUCAAUUUACUUUGUCCAAACAAGAAUGCGCUGCGCAUCAGGCUAAGGGAUAAGGAUGGCAAUUUGAUGUGUGGAGCCGAUGAGUGUCGUGAGCUAGCACAGUACGCGAGGGAACUCUUCAUGGCGCCGGAGUACCCGAAGCUGCAGCUGCUACCAAUCGCGGCAGAGGAGAUGUGCAUUGAGCGCUGGCUGCGUGCAGCAAGGAAGCUGCAAGCUGAGAAGGCGGCACCCAACAACUCCCCCCCGCUUCGGAACUGGAAACAGCAUAGUGAGCCUGUUGUCACCAUUCUCCAAAAGCUGGCUUCAGGCAGUCUGUGUUGUGAGGAACCAGUCAUACCAACGGAAUGGACGGAGGUACAGUUGGCGUGGCUGGCAAAGCCGCGGAAGAGCCCGAGUACGCCGGCAAAUCUGAGGACGGUGGGUCUGAUGGCAGGGGACACCAAGAUGUUCAUGAUGGUUCUGAAAGAAGCUAUUUCCGAAAGGGUCAUGCAGGGAUUGUGGGACAUUCCCCAAUUUGCGUAUCGCAAGUUCUCCAGCACGAUUGAUGCUUUGCUCAGGGGCAGUCUUCACUGCGAGCAG